AUGGGUACAGGCAUCGUCGCGAUCUUGCUCAAUGCCUUCUCUGAGCUCUACCCUCGUUACCACGGCUCGCCGAGAACCCUCAGUAUCGCGUUCUUCAUCUUGAACGUCCUCAUAUUCUCCAUCAUACUCUUGAUAUCCAUCCUAAGAUACGCACUGUACCCCGCCACAUGGACGCUGAUGCUUCAGCAUCCGGUGCAAUCGCUCUUUCUCGGCACAAUACCCAUGGGAUUCGCUACCAUCAUCAACAUGUUCGCUACGGUUUGCGUACCAGCUUGGGGUGGUUCGACGCCGAUGACGAAACACCAUAAUCGCCAUGAGACGAUGACAGCAGCAUGGCUCCUACCCAUUGUAGCCUGUAUUGUUGCAGCAGCUUCUGGUGGCGUUGUCGCGUCAGUGCUACCUGAGCCAAACCACGCCCUCAUAACCAUAGUCACCAGCUAUGUGCUGUGGGGUAUGGGCGUGCCACUGGCACUCAUGGUCAUGGUGAUGUACUUCCACCGUCUCGCUAUCCAUAAUCUCCCAUCUCAGGAAGUGAUCGUCAGUGUCUUCCUGCCUCUUGGACCUAUGGGACAGGGCGGAUACGCCGCUUUGAAACUCGGAAUCCAAGCCUCAAAGACCUUUCCAGAGACGAACACGUUGCAUCCAAUGGCCGGCGAAGUUCUCUACGUCCUAGCUUGGAUGACCGCCAUCACGCUAUGGGGCUUUGGCUUGGUAUGGCUAUUCUUCGCAGUCGCGUCAAUCAGUCGGAGCAAGUUCCCUUUCAAUAUGGGUUGGUGGGGCUUUACCUUUCCCAUUGGCGUCUUCACGAUGUCGACCAUUACCAUCGGCCAAGAACUGCCAUCCGCGUUCUUCAGAGUUCUAGGUACGGUACUUGGUGUCAGUGUCAUACUUCUGUGGCUACUAGUCGCUGUCGGUACUGUGAAGAAUAUCUUAUAUGGCAAUAUGUUCCAAGCGCCAUGCUUGCGCGAGAUGGAGAAGAAAGCAUGUGCAGCGUCUGCUGGAAUGCAACAGCAGGACGUGUGA